CUUCAACAAACAUUGGAGGUCUUUCUGUGUAGCCUAAUCCUUUUCAUUGUCUUCAUUUUAGUUGAUUUUGAGGGAGUGGGAGAGGAGGAAGUUGAGGGAAGUGUCCUGAUACUGGCCUCGUUAUCUGGCGAAGAGGUGUCUUAGUUUUCGUUCUUCUAUAUAAAUGUUUGUUUAGCCAAAGAAAUCUUCAUGGACUAAAAACAAGCUCUGUAAAACACUAAAUUCUUCCACAAACAUGGAGUCUUUUCUAUGCAGCCUAAUCCUUUUCGUUGUCUUCAUUUCUAUUCCUCUUUUAUUAUUAAUCUGCAUCCACAAAUCCAAUGUUUCUCAUCCUAAUCUCCCACCGGGUAAGAUGGGCUUCCCGAUCAUCGGAGAGAGCCUUGAAUUCCUGUCUUCAGGAAGGAAAGGUUACCCUGAAAAGUUCAUUUAUGAUAGAAUAGCCAAGUACUCAUCCCAAGUUUUCAAGACUUGUAUUCUAGGGCAGCCCACUACAGUCGUUUGUGGGGCGGCAGGCAACAAGUUCUUGUUCUCUAAUGAAAACAAGCUUGUUGCCUCAUGGUGGCCAGAUUCAGUAAACAAGAUCUUCCCUUCCUCUACACAAACCUCUUCAAAAGAGGAAUCCAAGAAGAUGAGGAAGUUGCUACCUAACUUUUUCAAACCUGAAUCCUUGCAAAGAUAUGUAGGAAUGAUGGACACUAUUGCACAAAGACACUUGGAGGAUAGUUGGGAAGGCAAACAACAAGUAACUGUGCUUCCACUAGCUAAGAUGUACACCUUUGGGAUAGCAUGCAAAGUAUUCUUGAGCAUUGAUGAUCCAAAACAUGCUGCCGAGUUAGCCCAUCCUUUCAAUGAUCUGGCAUCUGGGAUAAUUUCUAUUCCCAUAGAUUUGCCAGGAACAUCUUUCAAUCGCGGUAUCAAGGCCUCAAAGUGGAUAAGAAAGGAGUUGGUAUCUAUCAUAAAGCAAAGGAAGGUUGAUCUAGCCGAGAAUAGAGCUUUGCGUACACAAGAUAUGCUGUCUCACAUGCUGUUAACAACUGAUGACGAUGGGCAAUACAUGAAGGAGACAGACAUAGCUGACAAAAUUCUGGGUUUGUUGAUUGGUGGUCACGACACUGCUAGUGCUGUAAUCACUUGUAUUGUCAAGUAUCUUGCUGAGCUUCCUCACAUCUACCAGGAGGUUUUAAAGGAACAAAUGGAGAUUGCAAAGUGGAAAAGGCCAAGGGAGCUGCUCAACUGGAAUGAUAUUCAGAAAAUGAAGUAUUCGUGGAAUGUUGCAUGUGAAGUACUGAGACUAGCUCCUCCACUUCAGGGUGCUUUUAGGGAGGCCAUAAAUGACUUCAACUUCGCAGGUUUCCACAUACCUAAGGGUUGGAAGUUAUAUUGGAGUGCCAGUUCAACACACAGGAAUCCUGAAUGCUUCCAGGAUCCUGAAAAAUUUGACCCGGCGAGAUUCGAAGGGACAGGACCGGCACCUUACACUUUUGUGCCAUUUGGAGGGGGGCCUAGGAUGUGUCCUGGGAAAGAAUAUGCACGGUUGGAGAUACUUGUGUUCAUGCAUAACUUGGUAAGAAGGUUCAGGUGGGAGAAGCUGAUUCCUGAUGAGAAGAUAAUUGUGGAUCCCAUUCUAAUUCCUGCUAAACAACUCCCCAUCCGCCUUUUUCAUCGUCAGAAAAAUAUUAACACUAGAAUACAUUAGCAAUUCAUUCUUGCCCUGUACAAUAUUUUACAUUACAAGAAGAAAUUAGUACUUACUGUUUAUGAAAUCAUGCAUCUAAAACAUUAGU